GGACCUUACCCUAACUCUCUUACAUUUGGACCGCAGCAUCGUACUUUAAAUCAGUUGGAAUAAUUUUUUAAUGAGAUAUGACACGCCCUCUUUCCAAUUAGGUCGCGCCUCACCUGUAAACCCGUGAAUUGAAAUUUGGGAACAAUGGCCGGAGAUGGAAGUGAUGCGAGAAUGCGAGUGGUCGUGGUGCCACUCCCCGCACAGGGGCACCUCAAUCAGCUCCUUCAUUUCUCCAGAGCUAUCGCCCAACGGGGAGCAAGUAUAUCGUUCGUGGCCACCUCCACCCAUAUUCACCAAGUCCGCCAGCGUGUUCAGGGAUGGGAUCUUCACAAGUUCGAUAUUCAUUUCGAGGAAUUGCCCAUGCCUCAUGUCACGGGUGAAGAGCUCGAUGUUCAGAGUACUAAUACGUUUCCGCUUCACUUGAUUCCUCUGUUUGAGGCUGUGGAGGAUCAGCUAGGGUUUCAUGUCGAUCAGCUACUGCACACUAUCUGCUCCGAAAACAGUAAGAGAGUACUUAUUGUCUACGACGCAUCUAUGGGAUGGAUUCAAACGCUGGCUACCAAAUAUUCAAUCCUUGCCUAUAUCUUCAGAUCCACUAGCGCUUAUUAUAACCUGAGGAGGAAGCAGGUACGUGAUGAGACAUGGGAUUUGCCUGAAAGAUUGAUAAAAUAUUCAAGGCGCCAAAGGUCUCUGUUAGGGCCUGCCAAGGGAAGGGAUAUAUCAUAAACACAUUCAGCGCACUGGAGUCAGAAUUCAUUGACCAAGGAAGAGAGAAGUUAGCCUACGGUGGGAAGCCUGUGUGGAGCGUGGGUCCUCUUCUUCCGCAGGCCUUCUUCAAUGACGAAAGGCGGUUGCGAUUGCAGGCGGACACAGAGUGCAUGAGAUGGUUAGAUACACAGGCUCCGGCGUCCGUUCUCUAUGUUUCAUACGGCAGUAUGUCUUCUCUUUCGGCGACACAGAUCCGAGAACUGGCCGACGGAUUGGAACGCAGCGGGCAGCCUUUCUUGUGGGUCCUCAGGGUUUCUGACGGAGCCCAUUUAUCGACAGAAGCGGAGUUCGAUUUGGCUUGCAAGUUUUUGGAACAAGAGUACACGGGGCGAUUAGGGGGACGGGGUUUUAUAGCAAGGAAUUGGGCGCCUCAGCUUGACAUCCUAUUUCACACGUCGACGGGUGGGUUUUUAACGCACUGCGGGUGGAACUCGACAAUGGAGAGUAUCAGCGCCGGAGUGGGCAUGCUGGCCUGGCCUCUGCACACCGAUCAGUUCGCCAAUGCUGCUCUAAUAACACAAGAGUUGAAAGCUGGCGUGGAAGUGAAAGAAUGGGGAAAUGCAGAGGAAAAUGAGGAGGUGAGUGCGGACGAAGUUGAGAAAGCAGUGAAACGUUUGAUGGCAAGUGAGGAGGGAAUGCAAGUAAGAAAAAGGGCACAGGAAUUGAGAGGCGAGGCUCGGAAGGCUGUAGGCGACGGAGGAUCUUCGUGGAAGGAUAUGGGUUCUCUUCUCCAUGACUUUUCACAACCAUUUUCCGAUUAGGUCAAAGGGUUUUCAGGACCUAUGCGGUCGCUUCGAUCUUGACCAUCCCAUAGAGCCAUAUUUCAAACCUCGAGAUUAUGUAGAAGUGCUCGCUUGGAUUCAUGAAGAGCUCGAAGCUGCUUUGGAAAAUGGAAAAUUAGACCUGUAUUUAUUGCAAUCUCAAGUUUUCAGAGGCCUUGGUCAAGCAAAAUUACCGUGGUAGAGUCUCCGGUCUGCCUGGAGAGAUGCUACUGCUGUCCAUGGGAAGCUUAUUUAUGCAGCCUAGUUGAAGCAUGAGAAACAGGGGGAAGAGAUGAUUCGUGACUUGUUGUCUCAAUGCAUCAAAUGCAAGCAGGAAUUUACUCGCUUGGAUAUCAUCUUAGAAAUUUUCAUGGAAAGCAACCUCAAAUGACUUCUUAGACUUUUCCAUUUCAAAGAAUCAAGAAUCUUCAUUAAUAUAAUGAAUAAAUUUACAGCAUAAAUUGCCCAAGUCAUUGUUGUUAGCUUAAAAUACUACAGAGUCCUUUAUGGGGCACACAACCUAAACCCUGAUGUAGCGGAGCUUUGAUUGGCAUUAGUAUUUUUAUUACCGUGCAGAACUAAAACCAUGUUUGUUUUGCGUGUGCAGAGUGACUGGCACAUUUUAUAGUAGUUGGUCCUUGAAAACUUCAGAGUUCACUUGCUUUAUUAUCUAAAUUUUGGUAGAAAUACAGAUGCAUGGGAAUAAUCUGUCCGAUUCAUAGCACAAUUUUAUGUUGAGAUUCAUGAAUCAAAAGCAUAGAUGAAUAACCUUCGUUUUAGAUUGUAUGUAUGCUAUCAAGGCCAUAGACGAGAAAGCUUUGGUGUAAUUUUGCUAAAAAUACAGCCUAUUUAGUAUUUACCCACUCUCUCUAGGCUCACAGCAAUUUCUUGGUGGAAGUUGCUUCAAAAUGUUCUGGGUAUGAUGGGGCAACAGUCAGCAUUUACUGGACUUUACUUGCAAGCAUUCUCACACUUGGAACAGAGACUCAGAUUCUUGACCUAUACCAAAUGAUUUAGAUUAUUGGAUAGUUUAUUUAAAUCCUUUGUUGGUGUUGUAGCUGGGGACACUAUGGUCAUUGUUGGCUUCUCAAGUUCUGUGAUUUGUGUAUCUAAUUCAGACAAAACAGACAGAUGUGAUUGUGUAUGUAGUUCCAUGGAGAUACAUCACCUGCCCUUUGCGGCCAUACCAAACGUUUCAGGGAUGCAGGUUGGAGGUCUCCCCUGUCCCCAUUCUUUUUGUAUGAGUUGUACUAUUGGUACAAAUUGGGUGUCUAAACUGACUUUGGAUAGAGACAAAUAGACAGGUGUAAACAGUGACCAAAUUCGAUCUUCUGUGGGUUAGCAUCUUAUUUGAGGGGUCAGCUAUUGUCGUUCUUCAUUGCAUAUGUCUUGACUAACAACUUGUUUCUCCUAUAACACCUAAAAUUUCUUCUUCAAAAUUUGGUGCAUUUUGCUGGACUGAUUUCGCAUCAUAUUAACUCUUUUGAAGUAAAUCAUUAUUAUUUCCCUAUACAUAUAUGACCUUCGUUUGGGUUUUCUGAGAAGAUAGCUUGGAAUUUUAAUCAUAUAUUUGACAGUUGUCCAUUGGAAGCCAAAACAUGGAUUGUUUAUGGAACAUUUUUCAUUCCUUAACCUAUUUUCUUGUGGAUUUUCUAGCUGCUAACUAUUUUAGUUUUUUUUCUAUGAAAUAACAACUCUAGUUAUGAUGUAUGCGAUACCUCUCCACCCCCUUAACAUUUUCAAAGACUGAAACUAUUCUCUAAUACUUCAAAUCAACAAUCGCCCGGGGAUCUUCUCUUUCUACAUUUUUGCAAACUGGGAAUUGUUCACUAAUUGCAAUCUUUUCAUAUUCGAAAUUACUUGUAGUUGUGUCAUCUUUAUCAUGACAACACUGGGACAAGUCCUCUUGAUGGCAUAUUUUUGAACUUGUGGGUCAUCCAUCCUGGUUCUGUCUGAGUUGUCAGUUGCUGUAAGCAGGAAAGUAGGAUGAGAGGCACAGGCAAGAAGAAAGGCUGGGAAGAAAGCUAGGAGAAACAAAUAGAGGACGAAUUUAUUUAUAUAAGACCAAACGUAGUAUAGUCUAUAUUUUUCACGUUAGAUGAAACAUUUACUAAUUGUACAAAUUUCUCCCUUAUUUUAAUUCUUGUUAUCUUGUAUUUGUAAAAUGCUAUACAUUUAAGUACUUUUGAUCUCACUUGUAUUGUAACUACAAUAUUAUGUAUGGUAGAUUUCUCCAGCUAUACAUUCGAGUACUUUUGAUGUCACUUGUAUUGUAACUACAAUAUUAUGUAUGGUAGAUUUCUCUAUUGACAUUAGUUGUUCUUGAAGUAAUUUUUUGGUCUUCUUAACUUCAAGUUCUUUUCUUUAAGGGGUAAAUAAUUUUGAUCCGGAGCUAUGAAUUGGUGAGGUCACAAGUGGGGACCUCAUCCCCAUUUAAACAUUCAAUAAUAUCAUCCCAGUGGGGUUUAAACCUUGAUGGCAAAAACAAAUACCACAACUUAACCAUCACAACAUGCUAAUGUUGGUUUCCUAAACCCUAAGUUCUCAGCCUAGGUUGCUGAUUACUUAUGUUGCCUAGAAUCCUUCUAGAGCAGGUUCACAUUGGACUUAAGUUAUGAUGAUGAUCUGAGCAUUGUAACACCAUAGUAUGGCAGGAUUGUUAAGAUAGGCAGUUGGGAUGCUUUCAUAUCGCUUAACUUUAAUCCUUUUUUUUCCAAUUUUCACGUGUUUUAUUUGUUUUAAGGCAUGCAUACUAAGUUGUUCAACUUGUUUCUAAUUUUUUGUGUGACCCUACUGCAGUCUUACAUGAUAAAAAACUAUCGGGGAGAUUCGUGAGGGGUCCACCUGGAAAAAUAGAGUUAGGAACCCAAAGUUGUGUAAGACUUUAUACUGGUUUAUAUAGUCUUGUUAUCAAGUCUGGAUAAUCCUAUGGAAUGGCCAUGGCAUGGAGCUCAAAUUACACAGAGAGACAUUAAUAUCAUCGCAGCCCAAGAAAACUUACAAGAAAUGGUACUGAUAAUGCUAUAAAUACAAGCCCCAAUAUUCACCAUAAUGGAAGGAAUGGUGGUGGAUAUGAAUGCAUUUGACUGAAAACCCUUUCCCUUAUUUGACACUCUUAUGCAUGGACAUGUUAACAAUUGAAUUUCAGAAACAUCAGUUACUAAUAAAGUGUUUUUUCAUAAUU